AUGGGCCGUUCCGUCCCCGAUAUCGAUGCGAUUGGAAUCAAGGCGGAGCCGGAGCUCGCGGAACAGUUCCGGCGGGAGGUCGCGCAGCUGCUGGGGCGCAACAACACGAGCUUCCCCGGCGCGCAGCCGGUGAGCUUCGCGGCGCGGCAUCUGCUCGAGCUCCAGAAGGAGGACUACUACGUGUGCGAGAAGACGGACGGGAUCCGCUGCCUGAUGUACUUUGCGCGCGGCGACCCGGACUCGGACACGCCUGAGAUCCAUUACCUGAUCGAUCGCAAGAACGACUACCGCUACGUACCGGGCCUGCACUUCCCCUUGCCGGACGAUGAGACCUUCCAGCAGUUCCAUGUCGACACGUUGGUCGACGGCGAGCUCGUCAAUGACACGUACGAGGACGGCACGACGCAGCUCAAGUACCUGGUGUUCGACUGCAUGGUGCUGGACGGACAGAGCCUGAUGCACCGCACGCUCGACAAGCGGCUGGCCUAUUUCAAGGAGAAGGUGCUGAAGCCCUACAAUGCCAUGUACAACAAGUUCCCCGAGGAGAAGCAGCACCGGGCGUUCGUCGUGGAGGACAAGUCGACGCAGUUCAGCUACGGCAUCGAGAUGAUGUUCCGCGAGAUCAUCCCCAAGGUGAAGAAGAUCCACGGCAAUGACGGGCUCAUCUUCACCUGCCGAAGCACGCCGUACAAGAUCGGCACGGACGAGCAUAUCCUCAAGUGGAAGCCGCCCGAAGAGAACACGAUCGACUUCCGCAUGCGCCUGGAGUUCCCGCUCCUGGAGCCCGAUUCGGAGGACGAGGCGGAGGGCGUGACGGAGCCGUACCCGGACUACGACGCGAUGCCCAUCUUCCACCUCUUCGUGCUGUACAACGGGGGCGAAUACCGGCACUUUGGCGAGAUGUACGUCACGCCAUCGGAGUGGGAAAACCUCAAGGCGCUGCAGACGCCGCUCGACGACACCAUCGUCGAGUGCUACCAGGACGACCAGGGCCGGUGGCGCUACCUCCGCUUGCGCGACGACAAGGCCGAAUGCAACCACAUCUCCACCGUCGAGAAGGUCCUCGAGUCCAUCCGCGACCGCGUCACCGAGGAGGACCUCAUCCGCGCCGCGCCCGCCAUCAAGGCUGCCUGGAAGAAGCGCCAGGCUCAGGCCCAGGCCCAGGCGCAAGAGGAGGCCGAGCGACGACGAAGAGCGAUGCAGAUGAACGGGAACGGUGUGAAACGGAAAUUUGAAGAAUAG